CGCUUCCCGGUGAAGUCAGUCUGCUACGGAAAGACUCCUGAUCGCUGCGGGCCUGUGAGGACAUCGGUGUCGGUCAACACAAUGGCCUCAUCAUCAACCCCUAUGUCCAAGGCCAACACCACCUUCUCUCUGGCUCUGCUGAAAACGCUGGGUGAUAACGACAAGACCGCAAAUAUCUUCUACUCGCCCUUUAGCAUCUCUUCAGCCCUGGCCAUGGUGAUGCUGGGGGCCAGAGGCAACACAGCUGCACAGAUGUCAGAGUGUCUGAAAACCAAGGACUGUCAGGAUGAUGUCCACGCCAGCUUCGGCCAGCUGCUGAGGGAGCUCAACAAGGCAGAUGCUCCCUACGCCCUCAGCGUUGCCAACAGACUGUACGGGGAGCAGUCCUACCAGUUUGUUGAGGAUUUCUUGGGACAAACCAGGAAGCACUACAACGCAGAGCUGGAGUCUGUGGACUUCCAAACCGGCUUUGAGGCGACCAGAGUCAACAUCAACAGCUGGGUGGAGAAGCAGACACAAG